CCUUAAUAUUGCAUUAUGUCGACGUUUCGCCGUAUAGUUAGGUCACUGAUAAGCAAAUUCACUAUUAUACAUUAUCACAUAGCUAAUUUCCUGCAUACAAUUUUAGGAGGAAUUUUUCGCAAGAACAUCGCAACCGAUCCAGUGGACGAUCACCAACUUUACGAAUUCCAGGAGUUGACCAAUCCAGCUUCAGUUUCAACAUCAUCAGAUACUCCCAAUGUUUACGACUACCGGCUCCGAAUGGCCCUGGAGUUUGCCGUUGCUUCUGUGAAUAAAAGAACGGCGGAAAUGUCCUUUAAUAAGAGCUUUACGUACAACAUUUUAACCUUUACAGACGGCGUUGGAAAAGCCUAUCAAAUAGCAAGGCAAGUUUGCGCACAACUUUCUCUUGGGGUUGCCGCCAUCUUUACUUCAUCUGAAUCUGAGUUUCUGCGCUCCGCAUGCAAUGAGAAGAAAAUGCCAAACUUUUACAUCGGGAGCGAAAACUUCGAAAAUUUUCAAAACAACGUAUCCGGGAGUGUAAAUACGCAACAAUACACUUUCAAAAUGGCGCCAGGAUCCGAGGUUUGGAGCCGGCCCGCUGCCGAUAUUGCAAUACAUUUCCAAUGGACCAAAGUCGCCGUGUUGUAUUGUCACUCUUCAGGUAGGCCACUAAAAUAUACAUCGUUCCUGAUCGCCAUGCAUUUGCACUCCGGUGUUGGACGAGUUCAGGCGGUACAAGACUUGCUCGUUCGUGUUCAUGGUGUGGACCUGUCUGUAUUUGGCGUGAGGGGCGAUCUUGGUCACCUCCGAGACACGAUACAUCAUAUCAAAGAACGAAGAAUACACAAACUGAUUAUCGACUGCAGCGUUCACGAUCUUUUAUUGAUUGUAAUGAAACGGAUGAUGGAGACUGGAAUAAUGAACAACGAUCAUCAUCUCGUGUUGCUUGGAAUGGAUUCACAUCUAAUGUUAAGAAAUCACCCAUACAUGUUUGGAAGAUGCAACAUUACAACUUUCACAAUCGCCAGACAGGAAUCUAUGGUAGAACUGGAGAAAGAAUGGGAAGAUUUUGUGAAAACUCGUCUUGUAAAUGAUAAACCAGCAUCCAUGUUCUCAGACCAACAGAUUAGUUCUGGGAUACCUUCAACUGAGAUGACGACAGGUGUUGCUUUGAUGUAUGAUGCGGUGCAACUCUAUGCAAGGUCGCUAUCAAAUAUGAUUGCAGCAGACAGGUUUAGUUUCUAUCAUCGAAGUAUUCCAUGCACCACACAAACUACUUGGAUGUCGGGUCCUGCUCUGCUGGAAAACAUAAAAUCGACAAAAAUAACGGGACUGACUGGCCCGCUGUUAUUUGACAGUGAUGGAAGACGUACCAAUCUUACAUUAGAUGUUCUAUCGAUAACCUAUAAUGGUCUGGAAAAAAUUGGACAAUGGAAGUACGCUGCUGAUGAAAGAAGUUAUUACGGCAUACGACCAAAUGUGACAAAGAGAUUAACCAUGUUUGGCCACCAACAGACACCAAAUAACCCACCCUACAAUAACUCACUUAGAAAUACAACUUUAAUUGUCACAACUAUACGGGAGCACCCCUAUGUUUUUAAAGAAUCUAACAACAAGGAUAGUCCGUACCAAGGCUACUGUAUUGAUCUGUUAAAUCUGUUAUCUGAAGAUCUGAAAUUUUCAUACAAGCUUGUUGAAGUGGCUGAUAAUAAUUAUGGAAACGAAUUGGAGGAUGGAACAUGGGAUGGAAUGAUAGGGGAAGUCAUGCAUGGGCAUGCGGAUAUGGCAGUUGCUCCAUUAACCAUCAACUAUGUAAGAGAGAAAGUGGUUCGCUUUACAAAGCCAUACAUGAGCCUUGGAGUGAGCAUUCUGUUUAGAAAACCAAUACCAGGGAAUCCAAGCGUCUUUGGAUUCCUCAACCCACUAUCUCUGUUUAUAUGGGUUCUAAUAAUCAUCGCAUACCUACUUGUAGCAUUUGUAAUGUUCUUCAUAGCAAGGUUAAGUCCUUGUGAAUGGCACACUGCAUAUUCCUGCCAAGCCAAGUCAAACACAUUGGUGAAUAGUUUCAGCUUCCUCAACAGUAUGUGGUUUGGGUUUGGAGCGUUGAUGCAGCAAGGGACUGAAGUUAGUCCGAGAUCCAUAUCUACAAGGUUAUUAGCUGGAGUAUGGUGGUUCUUUACUCUGAUCAUUAUAUCAUCAUACACAGCCAACCUUGCUGCUUUUCUUACUGUUACACGGAUGGUGAACGAUAUUUCAUCCGCUGAUGAUCUCGCCUCACAGACGAAGAUAAAGUAUGGGAUGAUGAGAGAAGGAUCAACGAGGAGCUUUUUUGAAAAUUCAAAAAUCAGGACUUACAAGAAGAUGUGGAAUUAUUUGAUUCAAAAUGAGGAAAAUUUUGUGUUUAACAAUGAAGAAGGGAUGGCCAGAGUUCUUGCUGGUGAUUAUGCUUAUCUAAUGGAGUCAACAACGCUGCAAUACUUGACUGCUCAAAAUUGCAACUUAACACAAAUUGGUGGAUUGUUGGAUACAAUCGGAUAUGGAAUUGCAACCAUGGAAUCAUCAUUAAGAGACAAAUUAAGUGUCUCGAUUCUUAAGCUACAGGAGAAUGGAAUGUUGGAUGAGUUGAAGUUGAAAUGGUGGAACCACAAAGCUGUUAAUUGCCCAUCGGAAGGCGGAACAUCAAAUACAGAAUCAUUGGAUGUGACAAAUUUGGGCGGUGCCUUCAUAUUUCUUGCAAUUGGAGCAACGGUUGCUAUAACAACAGCAAUAGCAGAAUUUGCAGCACACUCCCUAAUGAAUGCAAAAAUUAAAAAGACCAAAUGGAAAACAGAAGUAGGACUUGGUCUCUCUGCAGUUUGCACAUGCAGCAAGAAGAUACCAAGAUCUUCGUUCUUCCAUGAUCUAAGUGAUGAUGAAGAUGAGAAGAAACAACCAGACUUGCAAUUGAAAGAAAUAUAUUGUUCAUGUGUACACUGCUGCAGACUUAUGAAAGUAGAACAACAUAAGUGUGACCAGGUGAAAUGUCCUCAUUUCACAUCAAGUGUGCUAAAUGGGCCAUACACUCAUCGCUUCUCAGAUAUGAUUGAAACUGUUCUGAAUGAUGAAGAAAUUACUCCACUCAAACAAAGUCAUUCUGCUACAACCAAGAUGAACAUUGCAUCAUUUACUGCCUCACGUGAUCUAGAAAGCAUGAUACACUCUCCAUCAACACCAAGUGGUCAGCAGUGCAAUCAUUUAACUGCUGAGUCUUCGGAUUUUCAAAGCAGCUCAAUGUCUCUGCCUGGUGCUUCACCUGUGACCACAUGUCAGAACAUGAAGCAAAAUGAAAGCACUGAUCAUUGCUGUCAUAUGAGUAACACAGCAGAUAUAUGUGUCUCUGAAAACAAAAGUAGAAGCCCAGAGACAUAUGAAAUAAGAAGGUGGCUUUUUGCGAACCACCGUGGCAGACACAGCUAUAUGAUGGGGAAACCACAACCUCCGGAAUCUGCUGGGGCAAGUAACAUUUCCAUUAACCGCAGAAAUGAAGUUGUUUGAAAAAGUUAUUGUUUCUGACCAAUUUAUUAAGAAUAAAGCGCAGUAUAUUACAAAAACUGUAUCUAUAUUGUUUGUGCAGAUCAAAAGCUAAGAAAGCAUAUAAAUGUAAAAUAGUGAUAUUUAAAAAAAA